AUGGCGGUCCUAAGAAGGCUCAUUCUCUUGGCCUUUUCAAUCACCUCAUGUUUGGCAGAGCUGAGUGUGUCUGAGGCUGAAGGCAGAUCAAGCUGCACUGCCAACCUGGGAGGGGCCAAUCUGGCAGACACACACAAAGCCAUGAUCCUGGAACUCAAUCCUUCUGAGAACUGCACCUGGACAAUAGAAAGAUCAGAGAACAAGAGCAUCAGAAUCAUCUUUUCCCAUGUCCAGCUGGAUCCAGAGGGAGCAUGUGACAGUGAAAGCAUUAAAGUCUUUGAUGGAAGCUCUACCAAUGGACCCCUCCUGGGGGAAGUCUGCAGUGCAAACGACUUUGUUCCUGUCUUUGAAUCAUCAUCUAAUACACUCACAUUUCAAAUAAUCACAGACUCUGCAAGCGUCCAAAGAGCUAUCUUCCUCUUCUACUACUUCUUCUCUCCUGACACCUCAGUUCCAGAUUGUGGUGGUUACCUGAACACUUUGGAGGGCUCCUUCACCAGUCCCAAUUAUCCACGGCCACACCCUGAGCUGGCUUAUUGUGUAUGGCACAUACAAGUGGAAAAGGGUUACAAGAUAAGAUUGGACUUCAAAGAGAUUUUCCUAGAAGUAGAUGACCAGUGCAGAUUUGAUUUUAUUGCUGUCUAUGAUGGCCCCACUACAAAGUCCGACCUGAUGAGACAAGUCUGUGGCCGCGUGGCACCCACCUUUGAAUCUUCCUCAGACUCCUUGACUGUCGUGUUGUCUACAGAUUAUGCCAAUUCCUACCGGGGGUUUUCUGCUUCCUACACGUCAAUUUAUGCAGACGUCAACACUACAUCUUUAAUUUGUGACUCUGACAAGAUGAGAGUUAUUCUAAGCAAAUCCUAUCUAGAGUCAUUUAACUAUGAUGAGAAUAACUUACAACUAAAUGACCCAACUUGCAGACCAAAAGUAUCAAACGUCGUGGAAUUUGCUAUUCCUCUGGAGGAAUGUGGUACCAUCAAAAAGGUAGAAGAACAUUCAAUUACUUACACCAACGUAAUCAGCUUCCUUGUGUCCCCAAGUUCUGCAGUGAUCACCCGUCAGAAACAUCUGCAGAUUGUCGUGAAAUGUGAAAUGGAAUAUAAUUCCACCGUGGAGAUAAUGUACAUAACAGAAGAUGAUGUAAUACAAAAUCAAAAUGUGCUGGGCAAAUACAACACAAGCAUGGCUCUUUUUGAAUCUAAUUCAUUUGAAAACCCUAUAUUGCAGUCCCCAUAUUAUGUGGAUUUGAACCAAACUCUUUUUGUCGAAGUCACUCUGCAUACCUCAGAUUCAAACUUGGUGGUGUUUCUCGAUGCCUGCAUAGCCUCUCCUACAUCUGACUUUGGUUCUCCAACUUAUGACUUGAUCAAGAGUGGGUGUAGUCGAGAUGAGACUUGUAAGGUGUAUCCCUUAUCUGGACACCAUGGAAGAUUCCAGUUUAAUUCCUUUAAAUUCUUGAGAAGUCUGAAUUCUGUGUAUCUGCAGUGUAAGAUUUUCAUAUGUGAUAGUGAUGACCACCAGUCUCGCUGUAAUCAAGGCUGUGUCACUAGAAGGAAACGAGAUAUUUCUUCAUACAAGUGGAAGACUGAUUCUAUCAUAGGACCCAUUCGUUUGAAAAGGGAUCGCAGUGCAAGUGGAAAUUCAGGAAUUCUGCACCAGACACCUGCAGAGGAAACACAGAGCCAGCCCUUCAACAGUCUACAUCUGUUCUCAUUCAUGGUCCUUGCUCUGAAUGUAGUGAUUGUGGCUACAAUGACACUGAUGCAUUUUAUAAAGCAACAGACAGGCUACAAAUACCAGAGGCUGCAGGGCUAUUAA